AUUUACACAAAAGGAAUUUCAUACAGCAGUCCCAAACACAGCAGUCGUUAGAACCUUUUCAAAAAAAAUUAUGAGUACACUACUAUAACUGAUAUAUUAAAAACCCCACACAUUGUACAGAACUGUUUCGCGAUGAGGUUUGGAUACUAGACAUUUCACGUCUUUGACCCAGAUUGGCGGAUGAAUAUACCAGCAACCCAGGAGGAAGUAUUCAAGGCGGAAAAGCGAAGGUUCUAGUCCGAAAGAUUGAAUGCAGUCUAAAAUACAAUGAAUGCUGGGUUGAAUGGAUCUGUGCAUGGAGCUACAAUAGCUGGUAUGACAAUAAAUACAUCUCACAUCAGCGCCAACAUGAUUGAUGAUGAUUUGAGUGACCCUAGCUCUCCUGAAAGUGGAUUUGAUGCUUCAGAUCUUCUCCAAUCUGCCUGCAAUGAUGAAGUCACAGCACAGUUGGCUGCUUCAGGUCCCAUUGGCAUUGCUGCUGCUGCUGCCAUUGCAACUGGUAAAAGGAAGGGACAUCCUCAUCAGUUUGAAACCAACCCAUCUCGGAGAAAACGUCAGCAGACAAGACUGCUCCGAAAACUCAAAAGCACAAUAGAGGAGUAUACAACUAGAGUUGGACAACAGGCAGUUGUUUUGUGUUGUACACCAGGACGUCCGAACAUUCAGUCAGCUUCUGCCUUUAAAGUAUUUGGUUCACAACCAUUGGAGCGUGUGAUGCGUAGUUGUCGAAGUGUUAUUAUGCAAGAGCUAGAAACAUCACUUCAGGAACAGGCACCUCAGAAUCAUGCUGAUGGUGCUCACCUACAUGAACUACCUGCCUUAGUUAUUGAUGGAAUACCUACACCAAUUGAUAAAAUGACUCAGGCGCAGCUACGGAAUUUUAUUCCAGAAAUGUUGAAGUAUUCAACAGGACGAAGCAAACCUGGCUGGGGUAAACCUGAAUGUCGACCAGUGUGGUGGCCUAAUGACCUUCCGUGGGCAAAUGUGCGCAGUGAUGCACGCACUGAAGAUGAUAAAAAGAGGGUUUCAUGGACAGAAGCGCUGCGCACUAUUGUGAAAAAUUGCUAUAAACACCAUGGACGAGAGGACCUGCUGCACGUUUUUAGUGAGGAGGCGAGCAUGUCUGCACCGCAAACCACCCACUUUCCAGGGACCGUAGUGCAGACCAUCAACAACCCUGAUGGCACUGUCUCCAUUAUUCAUAUUGACACUGGUCCCUCAGGAAGCUCUGUGGUGACACUGCCUGAUGGAACUCAAGCCACUGUUGUGCAGGCUGUGAGUGCUCGGUACCAGCAUGAGGCAACGCAGGCAGUACAAACUCUGGCAGAGGUGGCAGCAAGCCAACAUGAUGGGACAGUAGGAGUUACGCCUGUUUCUGUGGAGAUGGCAGAUGGAACUACUACUGUAACGACUCUUACAGGUGCAUCUAUUGGACAGAAUGGUCAAAUCAUUUUGACAGGAGAUGGAUCUUUAGGAGGGAUUUCAGGUAUUGUAACUAUUCCUGCCUCAGUAUACCAGUCAGUGACCUCCAUGGCGCAUGUGACUGGAGAAAAUACCAUCCAGGUUGCCAUGGCGCCUAGUGCUUUUCUCAAGACUGAAGUGCCUGAUGCAACACAAGCUGUUGAAGUUGCCUCUAUUUAAGUGACUGUUACUUUUUUGAAUGGUGGUGUGAGAAUGUCAUGUAGUCUGUUGAAUGCUGUAAUCUGUGUGACUUGUAAGAAGGUGGGCUGAGAAACAGGUGUUCAUUUAUAUGGAUAGAAGCAUAAUUUUGUUCCUUUCAGACUUCUUUGGUUUCAAAUCACUGAGUCAAGUUGGCCUUUUGUGCUUCAACGAGAUAAACAGUCUGUUACUGACAGAAAUGGGCCAUGACUGUGAUAGUAAUACUAAUGGCACCUGUCUAUAAUUUUUCAUGAAGGGACGAAAAAAAAAAUCACCCAUUUGAAGUUGGUAUUUUUAACAGUUUUUAUCAGAUCCUCAUUCUGCUCAUUAACUGUUUGUUGCUGGUGGAAUGAUUGUGUACAUACAUGUGUAUUUCGACAAAUGGCUUAGGUGCAGCCGGCAUCACUGAAGGAUGUCUUAGUGGCUGAUCUGAUUGGAUGUAUGAUAACUGCAAUGAUAUGGCUGUGUAAAUCAAAGGACAAACCCAACCUUGUGUGGAAUUUGCCAAAAUUAAAAAAAAAAAAAAUGUGUGGGGGCAAAAAAGUAAACACCUCAGUCCUUGCAUUCAUGAAAAAUAGUGACUGUUUAAAAAUAAUGUUGCAAGUGCAGCAGCAUAAACAUAUUUUUUUUUCUGGAAAUUGCAGUUGCAGUGACUUUUGUUUUUGGAAAUAUUUUUUAAUCCAAGUUUUUUUUACUGUAUUAUAAGGAAUAUAUAUUUUUCUCUGUGUUUGCCAUUGCCAGUUAUAUUUUCUGUGUAUUGUUUCCUAGGAUCAGUUGGAUGUAGGGGUGGGGUUUAAAAAUCUUAUCAUCCAGAACAUUUACCUCAAGGAUGUGCAUGUCAAAUUUUAAUCAUCCUGAAGAUGAUAAGUGGAGCGGUGAAUGCUUCCUUGUAUAAACAAUUAUUUCUGUUCUGUUCACUAUUUGUCAUUGUAACAUUAUGCAAGUCAUCUUUUCAAAUAACUUUUUUUUAUUAAGAAGGGUGAUUUCUCUUUAAGUAGAAAAAGUAGAGUAUAAAACAAAUAUUUCUAUUUUUAAAAAUUAUGUUCUGCAAAAUGAGACUAUGAGUAGCAUUCUGCAUGUAGAAGUUUCAAUGAUAAGUUGUUUUUUCUGUGUAUUAGUUGCUGAAGAUGUUUUCACUGAGUGGUAGUAGAAAUUAAUAUUGCAUAUUACAGUUUGUUGGACUAUAAGCCCUCUUAAGUUGUUUUCCAGAGCUGUUUUCUGCUCCCCCACCCCCUUUUUUCUUAAAGAAACUCCUAAAAACUAAUCUUUGUAGGAAGUAAUGAAGUAAUCAAGAAUAGUCAAAAUAUUAUCUUAAAAGGUGUAUUCAAAGUGUAAACAUUUAAGUUUAAAAGUAGAUAGGUACUAGACUGUUUUCAGAUUCCAUCCAGACACAUUGUAUUUGUGUUCCUUCGACAGAAGAUAAAGACAUUAAGCAUUGCCAAUUACUUUCAUUGUCUCAGGAAUUCACAAAGUUGGUGAUAACUUUUAUCUCCCAGAAAGUGGUCCUAUUCAGGGGUGGAAGAUUGGAAGGUAUAUUUAGUAGUAACAGAGAAUUUUGCAAUAGAGAUGCCAAAUCAUAUAGUAAUGUAAGAUACAGUUUUACUAAUAUCCAGUUCAUCCCAUGUAUCAGGAUAUGCUUUAUGUAGUGUAUUUUCAAGAACAUUUCUUUUUGUACCGAUUAUAUCUAACAUUUCCAAACAUUGUGGUUCUUGUUUUAAAACUGUCCCUAACCAUCCCAUUUCAUUUUUUUUUCAAAUACAUGAUGCCAUGUACCUCAAUUCUUGUCUUGUUUCAUGAAAUGAUAAAAAAAAAAUCAGAUGAGUGUACAUGGCAUUGUAAUAAUUUGUAUAAUGAAGUGGGAUUGUUAGAAAUUUUGUUAAAGAUUUGUGUGGCAUUUCUUGUGUGGGAAGACUCCUUAAGUUACCUGCAAAGAAAGUGCACAUCUUCCUGGGCAGUUCUUGUAGAAUUAUUGCACCCACCACAAACAUGUCAUUCAUGAAAGGCAUUUACUGCAAAAUGUGUGCAUCAAGCUGUUCUGCUCUUCCUUUUGACUGUGCUUAUUAGGGAUGGGAGAAGGUUCGUUGCAUUCCAGCCUUGAUGUAUAAUUUCUUAUAUCUAUUUUAUCUUGGCCAGUGCUGUGCUGCAAAUGGUGAGAAGGAAAUUGCUGCUGGUCAUUUGUUGUUUUACAGAAGUGGCAAUGUCUGGCAGAUCCUUAUAAUAAAUCCAAAAAUAGGAACAUAGCCUAAUGUGUACAGGAGAAUGUUUUCGUUUGUCACACGUUUAAAUUUUAAAAAAUUAUCAAAGAAACAAUGUUCUGGUCACACUCCCCAUGCAAAAACUGCUUGGUAAAAGAAACAUCAGGUAACUAAACCUUUUUUCAGAAAUGCAGUCAACAAUUUCUUGGGGAGGGGGUAAAGGGAGGGCAGUCUUAAUACUCUUCAUCUUCUUUAAUUUCUUGAAUCUUGCAAGCAAUAUUUUUUUAGUUUAUAGCUCCACUGUGGACCAGAAUCUCAAAUUUGAAUUAUAGUGCAUAUUAUUAUAGCAAUCCAGUUGGAAUGCACACGUUUUACCCUAAACAAUUUUCUUUGAAAACAUUUUACUGUUAAAGAAGUGAGGCUGAAAUCUUAUAAAUUUGAAAGACAGUCUAGAGUUAAUUUUCAGCACUUAAAAAUAUAUAAGUUUUGUGAAGUGUGUUGCUAAUUUUGAGACUCAGUAAGGUCACUCAGAGCAUGUGUGAUAUAUUUUCUGCGCAAUAUUUAGCUAUGUCCCCAUCAGACUUUAAAGGGAUAUACACGUGAAAUAUUCAGUUUAGAGGUGUGCAUAUAUGGUGUAAACGUAUAUAAUGUGUGGAAUUGAAUACUGUUAUGUAUGAAUGUAUUUGGAUACAUCAGGUUACUUGGUUUUGCUAAAAGGUGGAUGUUGGUGUUUAUAGAUUUGUGAAAAUGUGUUUUAGAAGUUUCACUGGAAGCAAUUGCUAGAUUUUCAGCUUGGACUGUUUUUGGAGUUAGUUUUCAUACUGGAGUAAACUUGAAUUCCUCA